GGUGUUUACGUUUUGGAGUUGUAGUUUAUAAAAAUAUUUGUAUUAAAUUAACGUAAAAUUUGAACAACAAAUAAUGUCUGCUAGGCAGCGAAAAAAGGAAGCCAAACAGGAAAGACAAAAAGGUAAACAACUAUAUUUACUUUUAGCUUCAAAUGCGAAACGAUCGCUCGUUCCAGCUGUGAAAAAAGUGACGCAAAUUUUAAUAUUAAAAUUGACCCCCACCUAAUUUAAAACGGCUUCGACGUGGCAGAUCAAUUGUUAAAUAAUUAAGUGAGAAAUUAACACUAUUAUGCUUCGUUGUUUUCGAAAAAUUAUCACUGCUAUGCAGAGUUAUAAAUAUUGAAUACAUUGUCUCGGUUUUAUCAACAAUCGCAUACAUAUUUUGGCUAUUUUGUUUGCACAAAAUAUGUUUGUUUGUAUAAUUGCAUUUGCAAAUUAGCGAGACAACACUUGUGUGCUGACAUGUAUUCUAGUCAUUCAAUUAGUUUUCGGAUUAAAAUGAUUGUGAACAAUCAUGAGCUGGAUUGUUCAUAUGAUAUGAAUUUUAAACAUUGUUUGUUUGAAAUGCACAAAUAAAAAGAGAAUUUUAUUGAAUUUUUGAAUGGAUUAAACAGGUAUAUUAUAUAUAAUUUAAAUUAUGGACAGAAUAGUCUACCAUAAUAUUAUUUGAAAUGAAUAUUUAUUUUGUAUAUAUAUGCACAGGCCCAGGUUCUAAAAAGAAACCAAAGGACUCGGAUCAGCUCUGGAAAAUAGUUGUUGCUUUCAUUGUGAUCAUUGCAAUUGCAACUGCAGCCAUAUAUCUUGUAAGAAGCAAAACUCCACAAACAGUAAACGUGAAAACAGAUGAAACAGAACCUAAACGUCCCAAAGAAAAACCAGGAAAGACUAAAACAUCUUCAAAAAGUCAAACAAAUAAGAAAGCGCAAGAUAAACCAAAGGAAAAGGCAACCAAAAAAGCCUCACAAGAGACAAUAAUAACCAAUAGUUACGAUAAAACAAUUUCUAAAGAGCUAGACGAGGCUGAAAAAUUGCUUAAAACAAGAAAACAUGAAAAGGCAAAAAGGGCAUUUGAGAAGUUGGUUAAAGAUCACCCUGCUAGCCCUAGAGCAACGCACGGCCUUGCAAAAUCCUUGGACGAGCUCGCUGAUGUUAUGCGAAGUAAUGAAAUUCUACAAGAAGCUAUAGAUACGUAUGGAAAGGUUGGCAAGGUUAAAGAUUGUCCAAUGCCGUUAAAACGCAUGGCUGUGUUGAGACAAGCGGAAAGGGUUUCAUUUCUUGGCAAGGCGUAUAUUGCAGUGCAUGUUUUAGAAAGUCUAGCAGCAGAAUUGCCAGACGAUCUGGAAGUUUGGAACAAGCUUGGUGUUCAGUGUCUGUUGAAUGGGAAUCAAGGUCGAGCAAAGAAAGCUUUUAAACAGGUUGACUAUUAUAAUUAAUUAUCAUCUGUUAUAAUUUAAUAGAUGUAAAAUACAAGGGCAGUCAAUCUAGCACAAAAUGCUUACCUCGUGUUUUAAUUAUCAAUCAUAUAUUAUGUCAUUUCUGUUAGGCCCUGAACAUCAAUCCAAAUGGUGGUUUUGCUCUCGUCCACAUGGGUUUUAUUAUAAAGAGUGAAUCCAAGUAUGAAGAGGCGAUACCUCUGCUACAGAAAGGAAUUGCGACAGGUGAACCUGGAGUGGAUGACAGCAGAUUCUACUUCCAUCUUGGGGACGCUUUCUAUAGAACAGGAAAACACAAAGAGGUACUAUGGGAUAGCUCUAUCAAUUCUACACUGUUCUUCGUAGAGGUUCAGUAAGGAUCAUCCCUUGUUGAUCAGUGUUACUAAAGGAGGAAAACUAAACUAACUUUAUUUAUGCUGGAUAGCUCUAUCAGUUCUAAACUGUUCUCCUAAGAGGUCCAGUAAGGAUCAUCUCUUAUUGGUCCAAACCUGGGUCCAAACCUAAACUAACAUUAAUUAAAAAUACUUUAUUUCUAUCUAGGCGUAUGAAGUGUUUGAUGAAGGAGCGAAACAUGGACAUUUCUUGUCCACAAUGCAGAGAUCAAUAUACAAUGCUCAGGCACCACUGAGAGCAAAGCCAUUCUGGGAACCCAAGGAGACACCUUAUCACAACUACUUGAAGUAUGGAUUGCAUUUUGAAGUUGUAACACCAGAUUACUUUAGGCCAAGUGUAGCCCACAUUCAAGAACAUGUACUGUCUUUUCUCUGAAUGAUCAGCUUUAGACAGGCAAAACACACAAGUUCUGUACAACAUCAGAUCACUUAAGGCCCAUAUCUAAGAACAUGUACUACCUCUGCAUUAUAUAACAAUGCUCAACUCCGCAAUUAAUUAGACUGCACUACACCAAGUUACUUUAAGGUAAAUCUCUCACAGCUAGCUCUCAUUGCUGUAUGAUCACCAGUGAGUUAUGUACAACUUACAUUAGAUUACUUUAUACAUUCAAGAAUAUAUAAUAAUACCCGAGGGCCGAGCAUGAGUUUUGUACAACAUUGGAUCACUUAAAGCUAGCCAACAUUCAAGAAUAAUACAUGCACCUAUACUAGGGAUGCACCGGAACCGGUUUUUUAAGUUCCGGCCGGAACCGGAUCCGACCGGAACUGGAAAAAAGUUCCGGCCGGAAGUUCUGGCCGGAACCGGAACUAAUUUAUUAAGCCAUAUAUAGUCAUAUGUUACUUUGUCCGCUGCCAGACAAGCAGACACUUCAAAUCAUCAAGUAGAGAG